CGGACGGUUACGAUUUCCGGAGGAAAGACGAACGGUCUCGAUCCCGUCGCGGGUUUUCUUAAUCGAUUACAUAUCGGGGACGCGUGUGACCAAGCUGGGAAAAACUGUUCGCGAACCAGUCCCGAACACGAGGGAACAAAGGGAAAGGUGAUCCGCGGAAGAACACGCGAGACCAGUGCCCAGAGCAACGGGAGUUCCAGGAUAGGUUCCUAAAGCUCUUAGGGGAAGAGAGAGAGAGAGAGAGAGAAAGUGAGAGAGCGCGAGGAAGGAGGAACAACCACGAGAAACUCAAGGAAGACUGAAUCCGCGAAUCGAGUUGCAUUUUUACUAGGCCCCUUUUUUCGAGAUAUUUUCCCCGUGAUCACCCUCGAUCGUCGCUUUUCUAGCUCCUCCGCUGUGCAUGACCGCUCUCGUCGACCGGUCCAGCGAACGUACAGCAGCGGAUCCUCGCGGCACGCAGACCGGACAAUUCGCCGGGGAUAUUUUGGUGGACCUUUUUUGCCACGGCGCAUCGUCGGCGUGAGAGAACACGCCUACAGAGAGGACAGAAGAGUACGCUGCAACGGAGAGCGACAGCGCGAGCGUGUUCUCGGCCGAGAACAAUACGCAUUUCCUUCUCCGUCCAUCUUGAUUCGCAAGGACCACGACGCGACCUUCUCCCUUCGCUCCCCGCGGCACUGUUUCCGGUAUCGGUGAACUCUGUGUCACGGGCUCGGGUCGAGGGCGGAGAGAAAGGAGAGAAACGGACACGCAAUAAAGACAAGCAGUUUAUCGGUCGACGGUGAACGCACACGCACGCCGGUGUUCGCGCCCUCGAUCCCUCUCUUCGUUUCUCUUCCUCUCUCUCUCUUUCUCUCUCCUCCGCUCUCUCUUUCUCUCUCACUUUCCGUUCAUCUCUCUCUGGCGCGCGCGCCAGGGCGUCAUCGUCGUCGUCGUCAUGGGCGGAUGUACAUCGAAGGAUACCACCUCCAGCGACGACAAGAAAAACAGCAACAUGGUGGACCAGGCAGUUCUGGACAAGCUCGAGGCUGGCUUCAACAAGCUGUCCAGCACGGAGAGCAAGUCGCUGCUGAAGAAGUAUCUGACGAAGGAGAUCUUCGAUCAGCUGAAAACAAGGAAGACCACGUUGGGCGCCACCCUUCUCGAUGUGAUCCAGUCCGGUAUCGAGAACCCCGACUCCGGCGUCGGAAUCUACGCUCCCGAUGCCGAAUCCUACACGGUAUUCGCCGAUCUGUUCGACCCCAUCAUCGAGGACUACCACGGUGGCUUCAAGAAGUCCGACAAGCACCCGCCGAAAGAUUUCGGUGAUGUCGACACUCUUGGAAACUUGGACCCGGCUGGCGAGUUUGUAGUUUCCACACGCGUCAGAUGCGGGCGAUCCUUGGAAGGCUAUCCGUUCAACCCCUGCUUGAACGAAGCUCAGUACAAGGAGAUGGAGGAGAAGGUCUCCACCACUCUGUCCGGCCUGGAAGGCGAGCUCAAGGGAACUUUCUACCCUCUGACCGGCAUGAGCAAAGAGGUCCAGCAGAAGCUGAUCGACGACCACUUCCUCUUCAAGGAGGGCGACCGAUUCUUGCAGGCUGCUAACGCCUGCCGCUACUGGCCCACCGGCCGUGGCAUUUUCCACAACGACGCCAAGACUUUCUUGGUCUGGUGUAACGAAGAGGAUCAUCUGCGUAUCAUUUCCAUGCAGAUGGGUGGUGAUCUUGGACAGGUCUACCGGCGUCUGGUGACCGCCGUCAACGACAUCGAGAAACGACUUCCGUUCUCCCACAACGAUCGUCUAGGUUUCUUGACUUUCUGCCCGACAAACUUGGGCACCACCGUGCGCGCCUCUGUGCACAUCAAGGUGCCCAAGCUGGCCGCGAACAAAGAGAAACUCGAAGAGGUCGCGUCGAAGUUCAAUCUUCAGGUCCGCGGCACCCGUGGAGAGCACACCGAAGCGGAGGGCGGCAUUUAUGACAUUUCCAACAAGCGGCGUCUCGGUCUGACCGAGUACCAGGCUGUGAAGGAGAUGCACGACGGCAUCGCCGAGCUGAUCAAGAUCGAGAAGGAGCUCUAAAAAUCCCGCGCCGGACGUUAAAUAACCGACACCGCGAUCACUUUACCCCCCCCCCCCUGUUUUCCCUUUAGAAGUUCUUGACUCAUCGGGGAUCGACCUUGCUCUCGCUCGCUUCUCGAGCCAAUCAACGGUAAAAGAGCCUACUUCUAGACACAUUCACGACAGAGAAACGAUUCGUCUAGUUCGGAAGAUCGACGGCGCGAAGGCUACGCGUUUCCCUGUUGACGCGAGCUCAUUCGAAAGGAUUUGAUAUUUUGUUCGAUCCAAGGAAAAAGAAAAGAUUCGUUAUCCCGAGUGGGAUAUUAUUUUGUAAUCCACGUCUGUGCGUAGAACACGGUGUAGAGAGACAGUUUCUCCCUUUUAAUUUCGUAGAUCGGCUUUCGGUCCUCGAUGCGUUAAGACCUAAUGCAGCUACAAGCGGGUCCUUAGAGUUCCAGGGGAAACGACGGAAGCCUCGUUUACGUCGAAAAGAAUUUCAAAGUGUCUGGACUCCUCCCCCGUGGCGAACGAUCGUUUCCUCGUCCAUCUGCUCGGUCUUUGCCCCUCCACACGCGUUAUGAUUAUUAUUACUACUGCUACUGCUAUCAUUAUCAUUAUUAUUAUUCUAUAAUUAUUAUUAUAAUAUAAUUAUUAAUUAUUAUUAUUGUUAUUAUUAUUAUUAUCAUUAUUAUUAUUAUUAUUAUGAUAACUAUUAUUGUCUCUUAUGUUGACUCAAGUUCCUUUUUACAGAUACAAAAGAAAACUGAAAAUAACCGGCAGCGUAAGAACAAUUACAAGAACAGCUUAUUGUUGCAUUACACGCGAAUACAAUCGCGCAUUCUAUGUUUGACAGUAUUUUUAUUUCGUUUCACCCCAUUUUUUUCUUCCGAGGAUAUGUAAUCCAGCAUGUAGAGAAAUACACGCAGUAUUCUUUCAUUUCUCUGUUAUAUUGUGCUCGCUUCAACCAAUUUCCUUGAACCUUUCGUAAAUCGUCGACGUCGCGAAAGGUCAUUUUAUCUGCACCCCUGGAUGUUGUGAUUGUCUUUACUCGAAGAAAGUUGAAACUACGGAUGGAUGCUGUGACGGGUGUACGUGAGAUUCGCGUUCGACCAACGACUCGAACGCGUGGCGGCGGUCGCGUUCGAUUUUUGUACGUUUUACCGGAAGCCCGUUCGUUCGAUUCCCCUCUUCUUUCUCUCCUUGUCAUAACGAAGCCAUCCGGCUCUCGUGGAAACGCGUCGAGCAGUUUCUUACGAGUCACAGACAACAGAAUUUGUACCGAUGACGAAAGGAGACGGUUGUCGACAAACAAAUUAACGGUGUAAACAGCCCGCAAAAAUACAUCAAUGAGAGAAUCGAUCCCACUUCUAAAAUCUAUUACGAAAUCUAAACCAAAUGUCACGACCGCGAAGAUCUUUCGAUUUGCAAGUGCCAACUCGUUUACAGAUUAAGUUCAACGCGACGGACAACGCGAACAUCCAACGAACUACGAUGUCCACGCAUUGUCGAAAGUAUGUUACGCGCACGUCCCUUUUCCCUUUUAUUUCUCAUUUUCUACAAAAACCAACAACAUCUGCGACGGAUUGUAACACGUUGAAGUGUUGCGGCUAAGGGCUGUUACAGCUUCGCUGUCAGAUGUACGAAAAGAUGAGUUUCAGACACAAAUAAAAAAACAUACAUGCUAGAA